UGAUCAUCAUACAGUUGAUAGUCUAACCGCUCAACGUCAGAGUCAGAACGAUCGAAAAUCUAGGAUAUCUUGCGCAAAUGGGAAAAUGGAGAGUUUGUUUGGGGAGAGAAUUUCGAGGUCUACUGACUUACGUUGCUCUCGAAAGUGAUGUGAUCGGGUUUUUUCUAACUUUGUGGACGGUUUUAGGGCUCCCACCAACGAAAAAAUGGCCGAGAUUUCGCUUUGGAUUUGAACGGCGAUUCUUUCACCUGUUGUUGUGUAUACUCAUAACGUUCGGUAUACAAGCAGCAAUGCACUUUCGCGAAAGCACCUGCCUAGAUCGAGAAGACUGUCUUGAAGCUUGCAAGGAAGGCAGUCCACUCACACUGGUACCAAAGUCGUUUGGUAAGAAUAGAUCCGAAGUACAACGUUGUAGUCCGAUCAAAAAACUUCAAAUUGGACCAGAAAGUGCAUCCCUUCAUUGGUUUGUUUACCCCAAGACUCACGUCUCAAUGAACACCAAGUGGGCAGAUUGCAGAAGGAAAGCAGAUGAUGUAUUUCUUGGGCAUCUAGACAGCUGCGUUAGUCUCCGUGCUGUUGUAUGUGUACCUGCCUGCAGAGAUAUCAGUGAUCCAUUGGUUUUGUAUCCCGAUGAUCGCCCGCUUUGCUCGGACUCACUACAACAAGCAACUGAAAUAACAACUGUAAAUGAAAUAGCUGAAAUGAUCAAUAGUGUUACGCGGAGCUCUUUGUCGGAAACUCUAAUUUGUGCAGCCCCAGACACGUUGUGUUUGACUAUCGAUUACCCAAAGUCAUUUCGGAUUGGAUUCGUUGCAUUGCUGUAUCAGUUUGUCUCUGUUUUGGUUCGCACACUUCUUCUCUGCACAUUUGUUUCUAAGUCAAAACGAGGAGGAGCAAGAAGACUGGGCUCUAUCAUAAUAUUUCUGCUUGCUGGAUCAUCUGUAUUUAUCUUGAUGUUUGAUUUGCUGAGUGUUCCGUUGUGGUUGAAAGAAGCUUUCCUUUCUCUGUUGGCUAGUUAUGCGGUUCAACUAGGAAUCAUCAUGGUACUGCGUUGGUUUCUUCUCGGCAGCAUUCAAUGUUCAAAACUAGAUAGGAAACGGCUAGUAUUUGGAAUACGAAGAAUAGCCCUGAGGAUGAAAGGAGGUGUCUCUUACAAUCUGGUUAUUUUGUAUUCGACAGAAUAUGAACAUACGACUAGAAGAAACCCAAACUUCCUAGACAUGCCAAACACAGAAAGUGGUGACGAAGACUACGGCUUCUAGAAGUUGUAUUCUAGAAAAGUUAUACCACAAGUAAAGUCCAUUAGUGGAAAUCUA